GCCUCAGGUAUCAUAUACAAUGGCAAUGACAGGACCAGUUUCAUCCAAGGCCGACAUCCACGACUUGGCGGAUUCUACUGACUUGACCGGCAAACGAGUCUUCGUGCGGGUGGACCUGAACGCCCCGCUGUCGAAGGACUCGCCACCCGCCGUGACGGACGCCACGCGCUUGAAAGGGGCGUGCCCCACCAUCGAGUUCUUGGCCGGCCAGGGGGCCCGGGUCAUCCUCGCGAGCCAUCUCGGCAGGCCCAAGAAGAAGGUGGUGGAUUCGCUCCGCAUGGAUCCGGUGGCCGCCAGGCUUUCCGCGCUGCUCGGCAAGGAGGUGAUCAAGAUGGAUGACUGUGUCGGAGCCGCGGUGGAGGAGCGUAUCUCGUCAAUGGGGAAUGGCGACAUCAUGCUGUUGGAAAACGUCCGAUUCCACUCCGGCGAGGAGGGCAACGACGAAACGUUCAGCAAGCAGCUGGCGGCGCUGUGUGACUACUACGUCAAUGAUGCCUUCGGAACCGUGCACCGCGCCCACGCGUCCACCGCGGGCAUCACCAAGUUCGUCGAGCGCAAGGUGUCCGGCUUGUUGAUGGAGAAGGAGCUCAAGUACCUCAAGGGAGCCGUGGACAACCCCGUCCGGCCAAUGGCGUGCAUUGUGGGGGGUGCCAAGGUGUCCUGCAAGAUAACGGUGAUCGAAGCUCUGAUCGAAAAGUGUGACGUCAUCCUCCUCGGGGGCGGCAUGAUCUUCACCUUCUACAAGGCCAAGGGACUCGGAGUCGGCAAGUCCUUGGUGGAAGAUGACUUUGUCGAGCUCGCGGCUAGGCUGAUGGACAAGGCGGAGGCGAAGGGUGUCGAGUUGCUGCUUCCAGAGGACGUCGUCGUUGCCGACAAGUUCGCCGCAGACGCGGAGUCAGACGUCGUCGCGGCCGACAGCAUUCCGGAGGAGUGGAUGGGGCUAGACGUGGGGCCGAAGACUACUUCAUCCUUCGAGGAGGCCCUGGCUCCAUGCAAAACAAUUGUGUGGAAUGGACCAAUGGGGGUGUUCGAGUUCGACAAGUUUGCCGCGGGAACGUUCGCCGUGGCCAGCUGCCUGGCCGACCUCACCUCGAAGGGGGUGAUCACCAUCAUCGGAGGCGGAGACUCGAUUGCCGCCGUGGAGAAGGCCGGCCUUGCUGACAAGAUGUCCCACAUCUCCACCGGCGGCGGGGCCAGCCUCGGCCUGCUCGAGGGCAAGGAUCUGCCGGGGGUCAGCGCCAUCGAGGAAAAAACGCCGCGACCUAUGUAAUUGUAAUCGUGGACGGCGCGUACAUGAUUGUUACGUCUGCCUGUUGGUUGCGCUGGCGCCACAUCGCGGCAACCGUGGUGAGAGUGCUGCCGCUCUCCCUUUUGCCGCCUGCCACACGGCAAGCAGCGUGUAUAUCUUGGCAGGACUGGCCGAAGAUUUUGCUACCCACUUCUCUUCCGGCUGCUGAAAUUUUUGAAACGGGUGGGGUGUAGCGUAUACUCAGCGCCCCUUUGAUAGAUGAAAGUGCACCCACACACCUGGCUGACUGGUACGGUGGCCGUUCGUGUUGGUUCCGUACUGUAGAGGUAUGCCACCUCGACUACGUGAGUGGUUCCGUGGUUGACAAGUGAUCCGCGAAACAAUCGGGGAUUCCGGGGGCUGGUGAACCCCUACCUGCGGUAAACUGGAGGGUGUGUGUGACAUGCAAACCGCAGCCUGUCAGUUCGAGGGUAGACCAUGCUUGCUUCUCUUGUGCGCGAAACUGUCCUUCUGAAGGAAACGUUUCCCUGUGUGUGUAUCGGCCAACUAUUCAUUAUUCUUCUUCUAUCGACAUUUGCAAGAAAAGGCGAGAAAGGGAACGGCGCGUCAAGAGUGAAUCAUUGGGUUCUCAGUUUUUUUUUGUUUCGCUUGGCUUGCCCCAACCGCCUGUAGGUAGGUCGAUCGUCCUUGCCGGCAGCACGAGAGGAAGCGAUCUCUCCUCUCCCAAUGUCGAAUAUAGUAGUGGAUGUGAGGCAUUUAGCAGGUGCUGUAUUGUGCGAUGUGCGUGGUAGUGUUUUUGUGAUCAACGCAUGCGCCCAAAUGACCUGACGAGACUCGUAGUUCAAAAUGAACGUGGUCGGUAGUGAAGUGUGUUUGCACCGACGACACAUCCUGCAGGGGCACGGGCGGUCAACGUUCCCUGGCGAAGGAUGGACCUGAAUGAAGUCGGUUACAUUUUC